AUGGCGAUGCAAGCACGACCGCUAGUAAGCGACGGAUUCAUUAGGAAUGUGGCAAGAGCCUUAAGGGACGAAGGGUUCAACGUUUUCAUAGACAGUGACGAGCGAAGAGGAAGAGGCAUGGAACACAUUUUCAGAGCGAUCGAUAACUCAAAGGUUGCACUAGUGAUCUUCUCAGGCAGGUACGCAGCGUCAGAGUUGUGCUUGCACGAAGCGGUGAGGAUCUAUGACCGACGUAGGGAAGGGAAACUGGUGUUGAUCCCUGUCUUCUAUAGGGUUUCGACCGACGACGUGAAUUUGUUUAACGGACGAUUUGGGGAGUCUUUUCUGGAAACUUUGAAGAUUCAGGGCAUAAGGGAUCAUCCAUUUGCUGAGCAUUGGAUGAGAAAUGUGAAUUUCAUCUGCACAGACACUGGUUUCACCUCAGAAGAUUACAGCAAUGAUACUUCUCUUGUAGCGGAGAUUGUUAGGACCAUUAAGAGACGUCUACAGGGCAAAAAUAUAUCGAGACGGCCGCAAGGUGAAGUUCUAUGGAGCAAUUUUGAUAUGUCCUAGUUCAUGCCAAAACAACCGGAAGCUCAAGAAGGAUUGGGGAAAGAGUUGCUCUAUGUUUCUAUUGCUUCUUUGAUAUGUUAUUUCAUGAUACCUUUGGUUUUCACCGAUUGGAUGUCUUCAGUAUCCGUCAGUGGUUUGUAG